AUGAUCAGUGGCAGGUACCACGAAGUGCUUGAACGGCUCGGAAAGGCGGAACCAUCAACAGUGGACGAGUGCAAAGCUGUGUUGGAGCGCAUUCGUGUCAACAAAGGCCACAUCGACGAGGAUUACCGACUGGAUUUGGAGAAGCUUUCCCACGGACAUCGCGACCGGACAUUGUAUGUUUUUGCAAAACAGCGCAAGCUUGAGGCAGCUUUCACCAAAAGGUUCGUGUUGCAGAAUGCUGACGAUUCGCUGUACAACGAGGCGCACAGCGCAUCGGUACUACCCUUUCUCCGAUUCAAUAUCGCGCCAGAUGCUUUCAUUGUGGAAACAAAUGAAGAUGGCUUCAGACUAGCCAACGUUGAGGCAGUGUGUGCGACUGGGGAAAGCUCGAAGAAAUCGUCAGCUACAGACGAUCACAUCGGAGAGAAAGGCUUUGGAUUCAAGUCUGUGUUCUCCAUUGCAGAGGACGUGCACGUUCAAUCUGGACUCUGGUCAUUUCGGUUUCAACAUCGGCGCGGAGACGACGGUCUUGGCAUGGUGACGCCUCUGGACGCCGAGCCAGUCACUCUCCCUGAGGAUGUGACUACAAGAAUAACUUUGCGCCUCGCGAGGGAUGCAACUGCAGAGUACCAGGGCCUACUCAAGGCUGUCGCAAGCAUGCCUGAUACAACACUCUUCUUCUUGCAGAGACUACGCAGGUUCCGUAUUCAUGUCACAGACCCAGUCCUGGACGACAAUGAAGUAACAACCACUUUCGAGAGAAUCGCACUUGAAUCUCCCCCAAGUCGCGUUCUCAUCAGGCGCCACGAAGAGUUCAACGAUGAAAUCACGGUUGACGAAAGCUUCGACGAUCGAUGGAAAUUAAUGCGUCAACUGAUUACAAAAGAGCUCGCAGAGAAAACUAUCCUGCAGACUUGGCGACAGCGACGUCUUAGAAGACCAGGAGAACUACGUUUACUACAGGACAACAUGCUGCAUGGCGGCAAACCGAUCUUGGAGGCCAUAUCGGGUGAUGUCGACCUUGCCCCUGAUUACAUUCCUAAAUACGUCUCUGAAGUUUUUUCCCUUGGGGUACGUUGGGCAGGUCUACCUCGCAUGAUGAAACGGCUAGAGACUGAUGUCCUGACCGUCACUUCGAGAUUGAAAGCCACGGAACCGCACGAUGCAUGGCACGUUGCAUUUGCAUCCUUGUUUCUACAGGCAUGGUCGAUCAAAGCCCCCGACGUUGGUGUCCAAAAUAGACUGAGGAAACUGGCUAUAAUACCUCUGCAGAAUCGUCGUCAGUGGACAGGCGCACCAGGGCAAAGCAGCGGUGGGAGUUUGGAUCAUAUCUACUUCUCUGAUGUCGACGGCAUUCAUAUUCCCAGCUCUAUAGGAUUGAAUCUCCUCGAUACACACGCGUCUUCGAAUCCGACGCGAAAAGCCUUUUACACAGCACUCGGUGUCGAGGAGUGUUCGCAUGAGUUGGUCGUGGACAGGAUCAAGCAGGUACAUGGCCGCGCCAACAAAGCUCCUGCUGAUAUACCGUCGCACCUUCGAUACCUUUUCCGCGCGAAUGAGGAAGCUUCGCUGCUCAAACAAUGGAUCUGGGUGCCGACAACAAGCGGGCAUGUGAGAGACUCUGCAACGUUAUACUUCCCGUCAGAAGAAGCCCAUCAUCUCUAUCAAGCUCUUGCUGAACUUCAUCCCUCGAAAUAUCAGGGAAUCUUGGAAUUUGUUGACAAGUCUCUAGUCGACUGGGAAGAAAAUUCUGCGAAGGACCAGCGUGAUGCGUGGGAAAAGUGGUUGGAGCAGGCGACAGGUGCCCGAUACUAUCCGCCUCUCGUAUACGAAAAUGCAAAGACGUCUUUGCCAGAGCUUUCCCCAGCUUUAAGGUUAGUCUACCUGUGGUCAACUUACGACUUUUUCGACAUGCUCAGAGAGCAUUGGCGCGAUUACCAAAAGGACAUUUCACGCAUCGUAGACCAGCUCAGGCACCUGGAAGUACCAUGCGCCGCCCAGGUUGAUGAGCCUGACCAAUUCGAACCUCUUCAAGAUACAUACCUACCUACGGUAGACGUCAUUGAUGAAAUGCUGAACCUUGGUCUAACCUUGGGCAAGUUUCGUAUACUCGAUAUACCUGGUUUUUGCCAACUGUCGGACAAUCUUGACAAAGACGGCCGUGUAAAGUGGCGAUUUUUGGAAGAAUUUGGCGUACGUAGCGAGGUAGAUCUCGAGUUCUAUGAGCGCGCUCUUCAGGGUAUCAGGUCAGUGGCUCAAGAUCCUGAUUUGGGAAUUCUGGAGAAGAUAUAUGCGGGCCUAGCGAAAUUCUUUCAAGGAACUCUAGAUGUACCAGAUGCUGUCCCCGAGGAUGUCUUGGAAGAGCUGAUCAAACGACGGCAAGCUACCGAUCUCACAACCACCCUUUCCGUUGCAGGAGACAUCUAUUCAUACAUCCGUGAUAAUACAGUCCGUUACGAGGAGUGGCAGAUACUGAGGACGCAGUUCCAGCAAAACGAUUUGAUCUUGGGCACGAAUAACACCUGGCACACCCUGGAGACAUGUGUGUGGCACAGCCGUUUCUUGCUUUCUGGAUACGAAGACCUUAGCUCCAUCUACCCACAAUUGGAAACCUUCUUCGUGAAGCAUCUCAAAGUCAAGAAAGUCACACCGACUAUGGUUAUCAAGGAGAUAUCGAAAAUGGUCAGGAACAAAUCGCCCGACUACGAUAAUAUCCGAAAGCGGCUCGUCGACGUCAGCAGGAUGCUGACUACUACCAAGCUGGAUAAGGCAACUAAAGAUGCGCUAUCCGAUCUUGCGGCAAGCAAGUUCCUGCCCAAAAGACUUGCCAAUGGCGGUGCAGUCCUCCUUAGCCGUCACGAUGCCUACGCUAUCCGGGACCAUACUCGAUAUGGCAGCGCCUUUGAGGAGCAUGACAUCUUACUCGACUUCUCCGUUGAGGAGGUUCAAAUUAUGAACGUCAUGUUCACGCAUACCGGUGUCAAGAGGUAUUAUCUCUCGUCUUUGGUGGUCGAGAAGUCCACGGUCGAGGAAGAUAGUGAGGAAGACGAUGCCCUUACGCAACAACUGCAAGUGAAAGCGUACGCUCUAUAUUGCUGUGCUGCGAAGUACAAGAGUGUGAAAGCUCUCCAUGGAGAUCACUCACUUUUCGACACUUUGUCAGCGGUUCGGAUCUCCAGAGGCGAUCUCGCGACCCACCUGGUCAUCGACAACAAAGACCCAGACCUUCAUCUUAUUGUUCGAAGCGAGCGAUCAUUCAUACACCAUGAGAGGACGGCAGACGGUCUAAGAAUCUACGUACCCAAAGGCCCGAAGCAACGUCAAUCUUCCUAUCGAUCACAGCUUCCGAAACUGCUUGCAGACAUCAUGGAAGUCGACGACAGCGCACGUCAUGACAUCUCUGUCAUCAUUGGUAGCGACCUCCGAGCCUUAGACGACAUCCUGAUCGAGCUCGAUAUAUCGUGCGUGUCGUGGAUCACAAAGCCAGUCUUAAAUUUACCGGAUGACGAAGAUGAGGAUGGAGAUGAAGAUGAUUCAUCGUCGCCGUUUGAGCCACGACACGUGCCGAAUGCUGAGAGCACAGGCACGCGAAGACGUUCUUCUCUAGUCUCAGCAACUGGGUCUGUGAACUCGUCCGAGUCAACCUUCGUCGAAGAUGUGACAGCUAGCUCCAGACAUGCGGCCUACAGUCCUAAAGCAAGUCGCAGCUUGGAUCAGGAGCGUAUUAACCGCCUUCAUGGAGCUCUAGGUGAAGCAUUUGUUUUUGAAACGCUCGCCGCUCUCAAUUUGACCGACUUCACGCUUGACAAUUGGCGCAGUACGAUUCGCGGAGAGCUCUCACGCCAUCCGAGAUACGCCGGCAUUGCCAACUGGCAAGGUCGCGAAACAGCGGAUAUCGUCUACACAGAUCGCGAUGGUACGCUGUCGCAAUGGUUGAAGGGGAGAUGCACAGGUGGCUAUCCUGCUAGUAGUGCUGAGCGCGACUUCGCGAGGCACCCGAUCGAAUACUACUUCGAAGUUAAGAGCACGACAAGUGCUUGUGAGACGAGAUUCUUCCUGAGUGCGGGACAGUACAAACUCGUAAGUUGUCUAGACUUCCUUAACAAAUAUGUGGGAUGA